CAUUCGCUGUUUCAACCAUCGGGAAUUUAGGGCAUUUAGCGAUCUGCACCCGCAGGUGGGGAGGCUUGCAAGGCAAACGCGCGGCUCUCAUCAUUUGGAACAAUUCCAGCAGAACAACUACCGCCAUGCUCGCCGUUCGGUCACUCCCCCGUGUUGCCAGUGCCGCUACUGGUCAACCGGCGAUUUCGUUUGGCGUUCAAACUCGUAACAUGGCAACUUUGAAAGAGAUCUCCGUUCGAUUGAAGUCUGUGUCGAACAUUGCCAAAAUUACAAAGUCAAUGAAGAUGAUUGCCUCUACAAAGGUUACCAAGGCACAGCGGGUGAUGGAAACCGCUCGGGUGUACGGUAACUCUGCCACAGCUCUCUACCAGCAUACUGGUACGUCGACCAACGAAGAAAGUGGCAAGCCCUUGGUCGUCGUUGUAUCCUCGGAUCGUGGAUUGUGUGGAGGUAUCCACAGUUCAUUAUCCAAAACCACCCGGAAGUAUUUGUCUGCCCAUCCCGAGGCUGCGCUAGCAAUCUUGGGUCAGAAGGCCAAGGCGCAGCUGCAGCGUGACAGCCGUCAGCAGAUUGUUGUGACUUUCGACAGUGUCGCAAAGAACCUGCCUACGUGGACCGAAGCGGCUCUGAUUGCGGAUGAGAUCUUGAAGACGGGAAUCGAGUUCGAGACUGCCAAUAUCAUUUACAAUAAGUUCAAAUCUGUUAUUGCAUUUGACACCGUCAUUGUUCCUGUUCACUCGUACAAAGCGCUUUUGGAGUCUCCCAAAUUGUCUGCCUACGAGGUGGAAGACCCCGUGCUGAAGAACUACGAGGAGUUUACUUUGGCCAACACCGUUUUCUGGGGUAUUGCUGAGGGGAAUGCAUCCGAAAUGGCGGCCAAGCGUACGGCCAUGGAGAACGCUACAAAAAAUGCUGGCGAGAUGAUCCAGAAGUUGACUUUGACCUACAACCGCUCUCGUCAAGCUACUAUCACAAACGAACUGAUUGACAUUAUCACUGGUGCCAUGGCCGUUUAAACCCGGGUAGUGGGAUGUAUACCUUUAUUAAGCAUGAAUGGUGGGCCUCUAGAUCAAAUAGACUGUGGUGGUCCAUCAUGAAGUAACAUAACAACUACCUAUGAGCCUCUUCUCAUUAUGACUCCGAGCACAUGUAAUCGAAACUUCAGUCAUCACAAGCGUCGUCUAUGUAGUAUAGGCUUUGCAUGAAAAAGUGGCUCGCGUCGAGCGUCCCUGCGUCACCGACACAAAUGACAUCUCC